CAUGCGAGCAAGCAAGUACGCAAGUACAUAUGAGCGUACUACUCUUUAGCUAGCUCCCUACCCAUGUGUGUGUGUGCGCGCGAGCGUCUUCGUGAAACUGUCAGUUAACGUCAGUGUUUAUCUGUUAAAUGUUAUCACUGUGGACUCAAGUUGUACUCAAGUUGUGCCGUCAUGCCUCCUAUCAGCGUGUGUAUACCGUCGUUUCGCUCGGAAAACAACCAUAUCGAGAGGGGCUACACGGUUUUUCGAAUUGACGUGCUGAUAAACGGAAGGCAACAUGUUGUUGAGAAACGCUAUAGCGAAUUCCACUCCUUGCAUAAAAUGCUGAAGAAGAGCAUCAAACCACCUGAGAUCCCGUCCAAGCAUGUAAGAAACUGGGUCCCCAAAGUAUUGGAGCAGAGGAGACAGGGACUGGAACUCUACCUGCAGACUAUAAUUAUGGAGAACGAGGUUCUUCCAAAGAUAUUCCUAGACUUCCUCAAUAUCCGUCAUUUCCCAUCCCUGCCGAAGACUGAGAGUUGCGGGUCGUUGGAUACAGAUUCAGUUGAAUCGAGUAAACUUUCACACCAGCCCAUCAUGGUGUUUCUGAAUGACCCCUACUUGCUGCCAGAUCCACAUGAUGCAUUUCCCAAUGUUGUAAUUGAAGGCGUCAUCCGUGGAGUUUUCUAUGCAGAUCUACAGCCCAGGUAGAGCCACAAAAUAAGGGAAAUAGGUGUGCCUGGAAGCAAGACUGAUAGAGAAACUCUGCCUCAUUUACAAUGUUUCGAUAACACGGUAUUUAGUUUUUUGGGUGCUUACUUUAAUCUACGGAGCCCCUAAAGGGACAAUGACAGAAAUAAAAUAAAUUUAAGCAAUCUGUUGCGUACCAGAAAACCAAAUUGUUACUGGUGCGCACUAGAAAGAAUCUAGUAAACAUUAGCAUUAUAAAGCAUUUAAGUUAGCGGACUUUUGCUAUGCAAGUUAGCCAAUGGUGUACCGCACGCAUGCUUUUUUUAGACCGUGACGUCGCAUCGUAAAGUGGAAGUAAAGUCGAAAUGGGACAUUAUAGACCCGCCCUUGCAUAGAAACAAUGUUAAUUCCGCUACUUUUCUUCACAAGUUCACGUUCUUCACAAGUGUAUGUAAACUUUUGACCACAACUGUAUGCAGUAAACAUUUUGUUGGUUUGGCAUUGUCUUUCAGAGGACAAAGAGGUAAGCCAUUUUGAUAUUUUUAACUUAUUUUUUAGCAUGACGUGCCGUGUUGCUUCUUUCUGACAAUGAAUGACCUGAAAAGAAUUAAAAUGGUAUCUGACUGCCACUGUUACAUUUUCUGUUGUUAAAAACAAAAACAAAAAAAAACUUUAGUAAGGGGGAAGUGUAAAUAAGUUAUAGAAUUAAGAUUUGUUAACAAUGAAAAAAAUUAAGUGUUCGUUGGCUGUCACUGAGUAGCAUUUGCAAUCGCUACACAAAACUAAAAAUAUAAAUUACCCCCAAGAACGGUCAGAGAUGUAGGACAACCAAAGGAUAAAAUAUAUAAGAAAGACAGGGCUGGUGGUAAAGGAUAGCUUGUUGAAACAGGAGAAUGUCAUUGUCAGUCGCGUAGAUAAAAAGCUAAGGCUAUGCUAAGGUCGGCUCGUUUUUUUUCUGUCUUUUUCAGCCUUCGACAGUCAAGCCAUCUCUUUAACUGAACAUUUUUUAUGUUCUUCCACAUCUUUGCCAGUGAAUUUGGCACCAGGGACAUCAUUUUCGGAAAGAAUUGGUAGGUUUAGCUCUGUAAACAUCUCCUUCGUACACGAUUUCCAUUCUUUUCCUAUUAGGGACAAACGGUGGCGUGUCCCCCCUUCGCAACAGUAGCUAAUGUCAUGAAUAUUAAUGAGCGGACGUGACGUGUUGCUUGCGGUACGCCAUUGUUGUAAACAUUAGCAUUAUAUAGCAUUUAAGCUAGCAGACUUUUGCUAUGCAAUUGUUGCAAUAGGCUAACUUGCAACAAUUGUUACAUUGUUGCAAUUGGCUAAACUGCAAAGCAACAGUCCGCUAGCUUAAAUGCUACACAAUGCUAAUGUUGACCAGACUGUUGCUAGUGCGCACAAGAUUGCUUAAAUGUAUUUCAUGUCUGUCGAUGUCCCUUUAAGGUCUCGGUAUUAUUGUCUCAAUAGAUUUGAGGCAUUUGAAUUGCAAUAAUACCAUGAAUCCCUUGAUGUCUGAAUUUACACAAGUCUUUCAGUGUCAUUGACGAUGCUAGACGUCCAAUCGUGUGGUGUCCCGAUUUAGUCACUAGUAGACAUCCAAUCCAUUACAAGUGGGAGGGAUGGCGGCGCAUGAACGAAUGAAUUGGACGUCCAAAGAGUUAACACAUCUACAUAAAGCAUUGGAGGAAUACGUAAGUUAAAAAAAUAGUACUGAUAAAAUGUACUAAGUAGUCAGUUUAAUUGAAAAAUACAGCUAAAAAUGAGAAAAUCGUAAGAUUGGGAAAUAAAAUAAACGAAUGUGUGUGUGUAUACAGUGGGGAGAACAAGUAUUUGAUACACUGCCAAUGUGUAUAUAUGUAUAGAUAUUAGGGCUGUCAAACGAUUAAAUUUUUUUAUCGAGUUAAUUACAGCUUAGAAAUUAAUUAAUCGUAAUGAAUCGCAAUUCAAACCAUCUAUAAAAUAUGCCAUAUUUUUCUGUAAAUUAUUGUUGGAAUGCAAAGAUAAGACAGGAUGGAUAUAUACAUUCAACAUACGGUACAAAAGUACUGUAUUUGUUUAUUAUAACAAUAAAUCAACGAGAUGGCAUUAACAUUAUUAACAUUCUGUUAGCUAUCCAUGGAUAGAAAGACUUGUAGUUCUUAAAAGAUAAAUGUUAGUACAAGUUAUAGAAAUUUUAUAUUAAAACCCCUCUUAAUGUUUUCGUUUCAAUAAAAUUUGUAAAAUUUUCAAUCAAAAAAUAAACUAGUAGCCCACCAUCGUUGAUGUCAAUAAUUUACACAAUGCUCAUGGGUGCUUAAGCCCAUAAAAUCAGUCGCACCCAAGCGCCAGCAGAGGGCGACAUUGUGGACAUUCUACUGUGCUGUCAUUUUAAUCUGUUUGAGCGGGGCAUGUGUGUUAAUUGCGUCAAAUACAGCCCUAACACAUAUACAUACAUAUAUAUAUAUAUAUAUAUAUAUAUAUAUAUAUAUAUAUAUAUAUUAGGGCUGUCAAACGAUUAAAAAUUUUAAUUGCGUUAAUUACAGCUUUAAAAUAAUCGUAAUUAUUCGCAAUUAAUCGCAAUUCAAACCAUCUCUAAAAUAUGCCAUAUUUUUCUGUAAAUUAUUGUUGGAAUGGAAAGAUAAGACACAUGACGGAUAUAUACGUACAUACAACAUACUGUACAUAAGUACUGUAUUUGUUUAUUGUAACAAUAAAUCCACAAAUGGCAUUAAUAACAUUCCUUCUGUUAAAGUGAUCCACGGAUAGAAAGACUUGUAGUUCUUAAACGAUAAAUGUUAUAGUUACAAGUUAUAGUAAUUUUAUAUUAAAACCCCUCUUCAUGUUUUCAUUUUAAUAAAAUUUGUAAAAUUUUCAAUCAAAAGUAGAGUUAAUAUAAUAAUAAGAAUAAAAAUAACAAUAAUAAAAAUAGAGUGAAAAGUUUUACGUGUAUUUUGCAUAGCUAUUUUGAUAUGGAAUGCCAGUUCACUUUGCAUUGUUGUUUAACUGUGUGUCAGAAUAGGGCCUCAUUACUAUAGACUGAAGUGCUUUUCUUUUUGUGAACAUUAUUUUUUUUUUUUGGGAGAGAUAGGAAUAUUAUUUUUGUUGUGAAGGAGUUGCCAAAGUUAAUGCCAAUAAACGGCGCGGUCCAAAGAAGGCCUGUGUCCACUUGCCUUUACUGUAUAACAUAUAUCUGUACACCUCUUACCCAAAAUACAACAAGAGACACAUAACUGCCACUAAAAGAAAGAAAACUUACCGAAAUAUGUGUGGAGCACAAAUAGCAAUUUGCAUUGCAUUGUGAAUACAGCAUUAACGUCUCGCAACUACUAAUUCUCCCACGUUUAGAAAAAAUAACAUGAGUAUGGAAAGGCGCUGCCCCCAAGCGGCCGGUGGCAUUCUCUUCACUCUUAAUGUCCAUAAACGGCCUCAUUGUAAUCCGUUUGAGGCAAUAUGCGAGCAAGUCAUUCAGUGCAUGCGUUAAUUGCGUCAAAUAUUUUAACGUGAUUUAAAAAAUUAACGCCCGUUAACGCGAUAAUUUUGACAGCCCUAACAUAUAUAUAUAUAUAUAUAUAUACAGUGUUUCCCCUAGGAUUUUUUGAAGCUGUGGUGUUGGGCUGCAUCGGAGUCGGACAGCCUCACCAUGUCGUGCCACAGCGAAUUUUUUUUUCUUCAUUUUUUCCCCCAAGAAGAACCAUAACAAAGAUAUAUUUGAAAUAUUUCAUUAGCCAGGCUAAUGUUGUACCUCUCAGCUACAGUACAUGUAUGUAAAAUGCGUAGCUGAUUACAGCUACGUUACCCGAUGUACUAAUGCGACUUUUUUUCUCGUGGCAAUAGUACGACUUACAUCUCGUAGUGACUCAGGGUUGGCAACCCAAACUGAUGAAAGAGCCAUAUUUGACCCCAAAAAAAACAAAAAAAAAAACUGAUACAGUAUGUCUGGAGCCACAAAAAAUUAAAAGCCUUGUACAAGCCUUAUAAUUAUCGAUACUAGCUAUAUUAGCCUACUAUAGAAAUGACUAAGUUGGCUAGAAAUACGUAAUUAGCCUUCAUGAUUAUUUUAUUAUAUUAUUAUUAUAUUAUAUAUAUUAUUUAUGUUUAUUUUCCCUGCAGUGGAUCCUAUAGAGAAUGACGCACCACGUGACUACUCUGUUGUACUAUGCCACCACAAGUUUAACUUCAUUACAAUAUUAAUGAAUUGAAAGAAUGUUUGUGUCAUGUUUGUCCUCCUAGAAAUCCUAUUAAAACAAAAAAAUAUAUUUCCCUCCCCCAUCUUUUUCCAUUAAAAAAAAAAAAAAGCGCCGAAGCAUCGCUAAAGAGCCGCAUGCGGCCCGAGAGCCGCGGGUUGCAGACCACCGUCGUAGUCCUCCUUUUUCCUUUUAUUUGACCCUCAUAAGUACUACAUUACCACAACAAUAACAGUCCUUCUGUCAACUGACCCAUUUAGAGCACUGGGGGAAUUCUAAUAGCCGUGUAAAGAGUUUUACUUGAUUCGGUGAGAAGGUGAAUAGUUUUUUCCCCGUUGUUCGUAAACUAAAUUUCCACACAAAGGCACGUCGAGGUACCAUUAACUUAGCAAGGAGAGGUAUGAGAGUCAUUUUUCGAGUGUCCCAGAGCUCGCGAAAUUUGGGUGGGGGGGCGCAUUUAUCAAAGUUUCGUCAGCCGUAAUUGUCUGAAGUUGGCGCGCCGGUGUUGUGCCGAAAAAUAGCCACUCCACGUGAAAUGUCCCCCCUGACGGGAGCGCCCACACGUCACUCGUACAAACAGCCUUUUCUUACCAAUCGAUGGAACCAGAAACGACGUUCUUGUACCGUGAAUAUGUAUCAUUUUACUCUGCUUGAACUGAUAAAUCGUUUACUGUGACCAACGCUCUGAAAAUAGAGCAAGGCUUUAUUUUGGGCCCCGCCUCUCCGCAGUCUCUCAGCGCAAGUUAGUCAAAGUUUGCUUUCCGUCCAAACGGCCGUCCACCGCUCACUUUCGCCGAAAAGUCCGAUCCAAAUUAUUGUAAUGCCCCGGAUAUGGGCAAGAAGGAGAGAAGUCUGUAUUUGCUUACCCACUUUAUUGUGGUAACAAUAAUAAAGAAAAACAAUAACAAAAUAACAGCGGGCUGCUACGACAUGCGACCGCUAUCUCUCGCUAUCUCGCUCGUUCUCCCAUUCUUCCUACUCGUUCCCCUUGCGUCUCUUAAGGGGGGGCCUGCAUAGUUACGAACAUUAGGCUCCAAUACACAAUGAAUAAGUGUCCGCUGAACUCCUCCCACUCGGCUGCCGCUAGUUUGAAGCGGCCUUAAAAAAAUUUUUUUUAUUUAAAUAAAUAAAUUAAAUACAUCUCAUUUGCCAGGCGUGGCGGCUUUCAUUUUAGUGUGGCGGUGCGCCACAAUCUGUUGAAUAUAGGGGAAUCCCUGAUAUAUAUAUAUAUAUAUAUUUUUUUUUUUUUUUUUUUUUUUGUGUUUCAAAAAUAAAAAGUUGGAAUUAUAGCAUAAGGCACUUACCAAAAAAGACUAUAUUAAAAAUAACAACAACAAAAAAACAUUUUAUGUACAUUUUCUAUAUUUUCAUCUAUUUCUUUUUGUAAAAGAUCUUUUUGUAUUGUUUUACGAUUUUCCAGUUUAUUGUACUUUUCAAUUUUAUAUACUGUAAACAAUUUUAAUGUACGUAUGUAUUCCCCCAAUGCUUUUUGAUUUAUUUAAAGUAAAUGUAGGCAUCAAGGGGUUAAUGAUGUUUUAAGGGAAUGAAGUAGCAAAAUAGUCACGAUCUUUUAAGAGGCGAUUUACUUGACUAAAAUAUGAUUGAAGGACAGCUGCUGCUCUGAGAAGCCACAUGGGAAAUGAGGCAUUCAAGGCGUUCUGGUUUAAAAAAAAAAAAUAAAAAAUUGUAAAAAUAUGCAGAGCGAGGAGGUGCCACUCCCUUUCAAAUACCAGCGCCCGGGUCACAGAGGACUUUUAAGGGACACUGGGUUUAUUUGAAACCCUGAAGACUGAUCUUAGUUGCUUUUGAUUUUGUUAUUCACCAGAUGAGAUUAAUGCAUUUAUGAUUUUUACCAAAAAAAAUAUUGUGACACUUAAUAAUGGCCAGUAUGUGACACUAGUACCAGUAAUGCGUUGCAAAAAAUGAAGGCAAGGUAUCACGUUUUGUGCAAUAUGUAAUCACAUUGUAGUUCUAUUCAAAAAGUGAAGCUCAUCACUAACACAUUUCCUGCCAUUGACACUGAUAGACAUCCGAUCCAUUUUGAGUUUUACUUUAUUUUUAUUUGACCUACUAAAAUGAAGCUAUCCCUGUAUGUUGUCCUGUGUAAAUAGAUGUCCUGGAAAAAUGUGAAGUUAAAUCUAUGUUAAUAGCAAUUUUGUAAAACCUUGUACUCAAUCAGCAUUGAAUCAGUUCGUAUACUAUUUGUGUUGUGAUGAGUUCUAAGUCCUAGUGUGCCAUAAGAUAAAUGAAACUGACUGAUUAAAACAAUGUUACUGACAA